UAUAUGACUUUGUUUACACUGUCUGCUUGUUCUCUGGCCCCUGCUAUAAUUUUUGAUGAGCCUCGAGAUAGUAUCUCGUAAUUAAAUCGUUCGCACGAAACAGAGCAAAUAUUACAUUAUUUUUCCUAAACAGCUCAGUAACAUAAACCGAAAACUUCUAGAUCCUCCCAAAGACACGCCCAGUGAAUGAAUCCAAUAGGCGCAGUUUUUGCUGAAGAUUUUGCUGAAAUCUAUAGCUAUAAAUAUACCUCUAAAUAUACAGUAUCUAGACUGAUGAUGGCCUCCAGAGGAGUACACACACUGCUUUUAGCUUUACUCUGGACUACAUUUUCCGGCUCCACACUCGGGAAUCAUCUGCAUAAGGCGAGGAUCCGAGUGAAGAGUGGAAAUGCAGAAUUUCUCUGUUUUAAUACAUCAAGUGGACACAUGAUUGAUAACCUGAAGCUGAUCCGUGAUCCCCACAGUGUAAACAUCUAUGCAGGAAGUCCUCAGGGCCUGUACAUGUUAAAUCCAGGAGAACAUCCAGCAGUGCAGCAGGUGCAUGUGCCAAUAUUUGAACCGGAAUGCAAGAGCAACCCUACUGAUUGUGAAUACAAUAUCACUCUGCUGAAAGAGGGGAGGAAUGGAAAUCCACUGUUCAUGUGUGGAUCCAGAAACGAGGAUACAAAGUGCUGUGAUGUGAGCUCAGAGAACAUUCCCGUGAACUGCACCAUACUGAGGCAUCCAACACAAAUCGAUGAGCCAGCUUUGCACGUUGGUGACUCGCUAUAUUACACAGUCUCGAGUAGGAACAGUGAACAAAUUAGCAAAGGCCUUUACAGAUGGACCGCUGCCGGAAUCACCUGGACACAUUCGAGACAAACCGAGCAGAGGAAUGUAAAAAUAUUAGCAAAUGAAGGCAAUGGGUCCCUGGAUGGAAAAGUGUACUCCUUCUUCAUCGAGCAGAACCAGAACCAGGAUCUGGACUCGGACAUGACCCUCUGGAUGCCCCGAGUUUCUCAGAUCUGCAUGGCGGAUCGGGGUGGCAGUAAAUCAGUUCUGCGGUACCGCUGGACGUCCAUGGUGACCGCACGCAUGUUUUGUGGUGAUGAGAAGAAGCGGAUCUCGUAUACCGAGCUGCUGGACGUUGCUGUGCUGGAAGAUGCGGACUGGAAAAACACAGCAAUUUACGCCCUCUUCAAAAAUGCCUACAACCUGAGAGCCGUGUGUGUUUACAAAAUGUCCGACAUCAUUCGGGUCUUCACGAGCAACACAUUCAAAGAUGAAUCUGAGACGUUUACUUCACCACGUCCUGGAGAGUGUGUAGAAGACAGUCGUACGUUAUCGCCAAGUUUUCUGAAGUUUAUGGAACGUCGUCCGGAGUUGAAGCAGUGGAUUAAGCCUGCACGGGACCCUCUGUUGUUCGACCACCAUCACUACACACUCCUGCAGGUGGACAGAGUGGAGAGCAAGAGAUCAGGAAACAGCCAUCAUACUGUCCUCCUCAUGAGUCUAAACAAUGGCAAGGUCCAUAAAGUCCUGGAGCAGGAUGGUGACCCCUUCAUCAUCGCCGAGUACGAGCCCUUUCAAAACAGGACACACAUCUCCAGCAUGCUUCUCGACAGUACAACAAAAAAGCUGUACGUGAGCUCCAACAGCGAGGUGAUCCGGAUCGACCUGCAGGACUGCAGUGUGUACGGGAAACACUGCGAGAACUGUGUGAUGGCCCGAGACCCGUACUGCGGCUGGUCCUUCGCGAUGUGUUCAGCUAAACUUGGAACCUUACAAGAUGUGACCCAUGGAAAUCACUCUGUAUGUGAAAAAGGUGCCCCCAAAACCAGUGAGUCUCGGACAAAUGGCAAGAGAGACCUUCCUAGCAGCGUCCCUCGAGACUCUAAGUUCUAUCUUAGUUGCCCCAUGGAAUCCCAGCAUGCGUCAUAUGUUUGGGACCACCGGGGCAGGAUAAGAGAGUGUGUCUCAACUGAACAGGACUGCCUUUUCAUGAUCGACAGCAUGAGCGAAAAGGACGAGGGCGUUUAUGAAUGCGUCUCCUCAGAGAACGGCUACGACAGGACGAUCGUCCGACAGGAGCUGCUGAUGAACUCCGCCUCGGAGACCAGAACGACUCGCGUCACGUCAGCGUUAGCGUGCCUUCUGUUCCUGAUCUCUGUGAUCUGCUAGCGCUGUCUGGAUGUUGAAUUCACGUCGUGCCUUUCUCAUAACGAAGGUUGAUAUCUCAUAUCGAUGUCUCCAUCCCUGGUCCUGGACAUGCGUAAGUGCUCACGGUCCCGCUAAUAGAUGACGCAGACACCGCCUCGACUUUGUAGUGAAUUGACCCCUUUCUCAAAGUUUUCUAAAUGCAUUAACACACACACACACAAACCAUGAAUGUUACAACAGAAGAGACAUAAUAAGACAAGAACACACCCACUGCUGUUCAUCUUCCUGUGUUCACCGGAGUUACCGACGUUUCAUCACCCACAUCCUACAUCAUCCUGCCUUUCUUGAACUCGAGUUUAUUGAGCACAGAGACUGACGAGCAUCCACGAGUUCCACAUUUUACCCAACCACAAACUGUGCAACCAUGUUUACUGCGACAGACGUGUUUUACACAACCAUGCUUAAGAUGCACAGAACAACAUACUGUGUUGUAAGUUACUCCGAGGUAUUAAGAGCAUUUGCACUUUUUUCUCCACCCGUGGGUGAUGUAAUUUAUUACCUUCUUCUUGUUCCUGUCGUAUAUUAACUGCCCGCUUUUGGUUUGUAUUUAUAGAAUAGAAUUUAUAUUAAAACCAAUUAAAAUCACUGUUUUACUAA